AUGGAGCGAGUGGUAAUUGUGGGAGCAGGUCUUUACGGCCUUGUUGCUGCGAAGACAUACUUACAAGUCAAGGGUGUUUAUUCUGGUGAAGGGAAAACUGACUCCACUGCUGAGCUGGAGACCAUUCCAUCGUGCUUUGCGCACGAGGGUCAUGAAGUGAAGCAUGCGGAAGGGUGUCACUUGCUCGUGCUCGACGCGAGCUCAGAUAUUGGAGGUACCUGGGCAGAGGAACGUCUCUAUCCAAACUUGCUUAGCCAAAACUCGUACGGUUUGUAUGAGUUCAGCGAUUUGUCACUCGCCGAUACUGUCCCCAGUGAGCAACGCGAAGGGGACUCGCAGUUUAUACCUGGGUGGAAGAUUAAUCGUUAUCUACAUGCAUGGGUCGCGAAAUGGGGUCUCCAAAAACACAUCAAGUUAAAAUCGAAGGUCAAUGACAUCAGUCGCCUGGGAACCAAGCAAUGGAACCUCAAUGUUGCUAUUGCGGACCAGAACCAGAAUGGUCAUGACAAAACCAUCAAAAUAAUAUGCGACAAAUUAAUUCUGGCAACCGGUCUAACUUCAGUCCCGAACUUACCAGAAAUGGAUGGAUUUCAGAGCCCCAGGAAGGAUUCCACGCAUGUCAUGCACGCCAAGGAGAUCGGGGGCUGGUCUCGCACGAACCUGGGAUAUCACCCUAUCCCUGGGGCCGUCGAAGCUGUGAAAAGUACACAGCCGUGGAAAUCUGCUGCUUCUAAGGUACAGUCUGUCAUUGUCUACGGGGGAGCAAAGUCCUCUUUUGACCUAGUUCAUUUCUUUGCCACACUCCAUAGGAAAGAUCCUUCAUUGCAUUUGGAAACUACACCAGAAGAUCACAUGGAGGUGCAUUGGAUUAUUCGAGAGAGUAGCCCGGGUCCGGCCUGGAUGGUUCCGCCAACAUCUUCACUUCCAAAUGGGGAUGUUGUUGCCAGUGACAAGGCAGUAAGUACGAGGUUCAUUCACUAUUUGAGCCCAUGCUCUUACGAGGCACCCAAGCGCCUCUCCAUACAGAAAUGGAGCAUCAAUGGUGACGGCUCAUGGUUAGCUCGUCUUUUCCAUGGGAAUCCCUUUGGGAGAUGGUUGGUGCGUUGGCUGUGGAAGUCAAUAGAUCGGAGCAUGGAGGAGUUCGCACGAUAUGAUGCAGACUCAAAAAUGCAGCUCCUUCGACCAAACAAAAGUAUUAUCUCUUGUGGUGCUAGUGUUGGUAUUGCCAACCAACGUGACCUGUGGGACACAAUCAGGUCACCGAAUGUGAAGGUUUACCGGUCGACUAUUCAGUCAAUCUCAGAACCAUCUUCCGACAGUCAUGGAUCGGCACAACAGGGUAUUACAGUCUCAAUGACGAAUGGGGAAAACAUUGAUGACGUUGAUCUUGUUCUAUAUGCCACUGGGUAUAAGCCAAUAGUCCCAAUCAAAACCACACCACCAAGCCUUCGGCUCACUCUUGGUUUGUCCGGGAUCGUUGAUUCCAGGCCCCAGGAAGGUUAUGUAGAUGAGAGCGACCAUUUCCAGAGUGUGACUGAGGUUCCUCAUGAUUCAACAACAGAAGAACAGUGUCAACACUGGAAAGCCCUUGACUCAGCGCUCGAGCCAGUGAUAAAGCAAAGGCUGCUCGCUAGUGGAUGCGUCCUGCUGGAGGAAUCCGAUACAUUUUGGAGCGGGGCAAAUAAAUCUAUUCCGUAUCGCCUGUUUCGUCGCAUGGUUGCUCCAGAGUUAGUUGCCAAGGGAGAUCGUUCUUUUGCAACACUCGGAGUUGUUACCGGUUCCACGAUUGCCGUCAUCGCUGAGGUGCAGGCACUGUGGGCUGCCGCAUUUCUAACUGGAGGAUUUGACAAGUCUUUCACUUGCAAUGCAUCCUGCCCGUCUGAAUCGCUUUACCUGCCAAGUUUACCUAAAGAGAUCAUGAACCAAGAAAUUUCUGAAAACUGUGUCCUUGGAUCACUAACUGGAAGUGGGUUGGAGGUUGAUGCCAUCGAUUACAAUGACAGGCUCAUGCGAGACCUGGGCCUGAACCAAUACCGGUUGGGUGGAGGCCGAAUGAAAGAGCUUAUCGGGGUAUAUGAGCCGCACGUUGCACCUUUGAUCAUCCAGGCAGCAGCCUUGUAUGAGCAACUUGCCCACAUCAAUGACAAUUUCCCCAGCACAAGAUAA